AUGCGGCGCCUCUUGUCGCCUAGCAAAGGCCGUGGCGAGAGCCAAGAGAGCCAAGCCGAAGGCUGCGACGAUGGCGGCACCGACGCAGCAAGUACAAACGAGCCGCCACCGCGGAGCACGGGUUCGUCCCGCGUCGGCUCGUUCUUCAACAAAUCUUCCGAGAGUGCUGCUGCGCCAAGCGACGAGAAGAGCCCGAAGAAGAAAAAAGGCUUUGGCUUUGGCAACUUUACAACCCCCAAGUUUACUCUAAGCAGCCUCAAUCCGCUCAAGCGCAGUCCCAAGAAAGGCGCCGUCGCCAAAGGGGGCGUGCCCCCGCCGCCCGACCGGCCCAUCGCAAUGCUGUUUGCAAGUGCCAAGUACAAGGCGCAUCUUUUACAUGUCUGCAGCUACCUUCCGUUCAUAUCGCUGGGGCGGUUGGCGCAAGUGUCGAUGGCGCUCCAAGACUUUGUACUAGACGUGCUGCAGACGCCACUUCGUCUCGCGUCGUACCGGGCUUCGAUCCCGACAAGGUAUUAUCUCUACCAGACGCUCCUUCGUGAUCACUUGCUUGCCCGGAAUCGAACCGCCACUGACGUGGACAUUCCCAAGCACGUGCUUUCGUAUCUAAACCUCAAGGACCGUUUGAUGCUGACGACGGUGUGUCGGCGCUUUAUCAGGAUUGUGGGCUCGAUGGACCUUCGGCUGUGGGGGCAGCACCAAGGCCAUGCCUUUGUACAAGGCUAUGACAUUGAGAGCAAGGCGUUCUGGCUCGUACGGCACUGCUAUGCUCGCACCACGUCCAUUUCACUGAAUUAUAUGACCUCGCCGCAAGUCCAAGUCUUUCUGAACGCACUCGCGCACGGUUGCUUCCCAAAAGUGACCCAUUUUCACCUCGGCCAUGUCCACUUUGUCGAGUCGCCACUUCAUUUGUGCACGCAGCUGCUCGAGGCACUGGACCAAGCACAACUUUGGGCUCAACUGGAGAGUUUGUCGCUGCAAGGAUUCGACUGGACGCUUCCUGGGUACGCUGCGUUGUUUGCCCAUCUCUUUCAGCGACCGAGCGACCGCUUGCGCCACUUGGAUCUCUCGGACAAUGCGCUGGAGCACCUCAAUGUCGUGCGACUCUCGCCGUGGUUUGUUCGAGAGCAUCUACACGGCUUAACGUCCUGGACCCUUCGCAAUACAACGCUCACAAGUGCGAGCUUCCCCGAGGUCCUGACCUGCCUCGAGCAUCUUCCAUCGCUUCAAGCGCUGGAUGUUUCAGCCAACGACUUGGGCCUGGACGCUUGGGAUGCGCUCGGUGCCUACUGCUCGACGCCUCGCAGUGUCUUUACCCACCUCGUUGAAUUCAACUGCAGCGGGACUAGCUACAACGUGUCGGGAAUGCUCGUGCUCUUUCGUGCGCUCUCAUCUGUCGACUGCGUGCAUUUAACGACACUCGACGUCAGCGACAGUGUUGUUGCGCUGGCAAAGUGCUUGGUACUGGAGCGCAUCCCGCGUCUCCGGCAUCUCAACCUCGCGCGAACACAACUGACGGCCGAGAGCUUUCCGCUGCUGACACAGGCUUUUGCUGGAAAAUGGUUUUAUAUCCAAAGCGCACAGCGCUACGAGGCCAUGCCAGGACAUGCGUUAACCUAUCUCAACGUCUCGGGCAACGUCAUUGGGGCGGGCAUGGCGGCGCUUUGGACAGCAAUGACUGCGUCGGCGUUGCGCUCGCUCGAGACGCUGAUUGUGUCGUACACGCACCUGGCGAUGCAAGAAUUCAACGCGAUGGCGCAGACGUUUCGACGCGGCCAGUGGUGCCCCGCCCUGCGCCACAUCGACUUGAGUGGAAAUGCGCCGAAAAGCACCGGGAUCAUUCGAUUCGCUUCGUUCUUUCAGUCGACAACCGCGCAGCAGCUGCGGCACUUGGACCUGAGUUACAACGAUGUGGACUCGGCGACGCUGGAUCGGCUCGUCGAUGCGAUUGAAGCAUCGUUUUCUCCGUCGCUGAUGCAUCUCAACGUCAGCCGCAACUUGCGGCUGCAAGGGACGACGAUCGCCCACGUCAACCAAAUGGUGCGAGGUCCGAGCUGCCCGAGCUUGCGUUGCUUGCUCAUGGGAGACACGGCAACGCCGGACGCAGGGUUCGCGCUUGUCAAGCACAUUCGAAGCCACCAGAGCCCGGCCGCACUCGAGCGCCGACGAGAGGAGCUCCGCGCGGCCAAGCGCGACGCGUUCGAGGCAGCGAGUCGCCAAGCAGCGAUCGAGACGGACGAGCGCACUACGAUGAAGUGUGCAAUCCGAAGGGCUCUCUAUGACCGGCUCGAAGCCGAAGCCGCGCAGGCCAACCGCGUCGCAAGCCCGGGGAAGCGCCAUGCGAAAAGUCAAACCGACGACUUGCCGAUUUUCCGCAAGAUGAGCGAAGAAAUUCUCGCGACCCUGGGCGGCGGGUUGUACAACUAA